CUUGUACAAGGUAGCUAGCUGCUUUGCUUUAGAGAAAUCCUAUAUGGGCGGGCCCAUAUUGAUUCGUAUUCUUAUUAAAUUUACUCUUUAACAUUUAUAUUGACUGCUUUUUCUUACUUUCAUCGACGUUUAGUACUUGGUAAAAUAUGGUUGUGCAAGAAAAUGAUCUCAAUUGUGCAAACGCAUUGAAUGAGAUUCAACAAAGAAGAUUAAUAUAUUUUUUUUCUUGUUAUCAUCUUCUUACAAUGGAACUCAAAAUGCUCUUUAACACCUCAAUUCCUCCUGGUAUUCUUUCUUACAUUUUUUCUGGAUACAAAAUAAUACGACCGUGGCUGAUGGCCACGAGGUUAAAAGGACCAAUUAACGAUUUUAGCGUGAUUAUAAAAGUGUUUCAAGAUGUUUUAGACACUGGGUUUUUCGUAAAUCCACCACCCAUUGAAAUUUACUCGAGGCAGUUGCUUAAAUUCAUAUCUGUUUUAGCUGGGAAUAAAAGUUCCCCAUCCUCUCAACAUUCUGCCAAUCCACCUGCAUCGUCAUCAAAUACACCUGUGAAUACUCCUGUACCAACCCCAACGGAACAAUUAGUGAAACCAAGUUAUAGUAUUGGAGUAAAUAGACCACCUGUCUAUUCAAGAAACCAUGGAUCAAAUACAGGCUCAUCUAAACAUCCACCGCGGUCUUCAUAUAAUACUCAUCCUAGUUUAUCAAAAUCGUUUCCCUCUUCCUCUCAAAACCAGAUACCUAAUCAUUUAGCAUACCCUGCAAAUUCCUCCGCCUCAGAAUAUCGGGAUCAUCGCUAUCCCGUGUCUUUCUCUUCAGCUCCUCCUAUUGCUAAUCGAAAUAUACCUGUACCUAAUACUAAACCCGUUGCCAGUAUGACGAAUGGUCGAUUUACACCUUCAUGGAAUAACCAGCCAAAUCGUCGAAUGAACGAAACAGUUCAUCCAUCUUCUGAAUAUACUAACGUUCGUUCUAAUGUACCGCUCACCCAAGUACCUCCCCCUUCUACAUUAAACAGUAAACCUCCCUCAGAAUCUGAACAAGCGAGCCAAAUACCACAAGAUUCCUUCGACGGUGAUACAACAACGCCCAAUGUUGUAGAACCAUCUCCUUGUCAUUUCAAUUUUCAAAGAAUUUAUCCUAAUAUCUCUCCUUAUUUGACGCCUGACAACAUAGGUGCUUCAAUUUUGUACUCCACGACUGAUUUUUCAAAAUCUAAACCCCACAACCCUCGAUUGAAUUUAUCUCUUGAGUUAAAACUCAGGGAAAAUAAUCUAGAAAAAGGAGAACUUAAACAAAGCAUGAAAGGUGAUUUACGAAACUUAGCUGAUUGGGAUGCAAUUUCUCUUGUUUCUUCGCAGUUUCCGUCGCUACCCGCUUCUAAUUUCAGACCUGAUGGAUCGUUUUUAAAACAUCGUCGUUUUAACGAUGAGGUCAUGGAAAACAAAGAAAUUUUAGAAAAAGCAAUUAAGCAAUUAAACCUGUCUCCCUUAGAUGCUGAACGCUUACGUGAACGGAACAGAGUUCAACUUCUAGAUGACAAAAAAGUAUGUACUCCAUCAUUAAAGGAUUAUCCAUCAAAGGAUAAUCAGCUUUUAGCGAGGCUUGAUAAUGCAAAUAAUGAAAAACUUAAAGUCUCCAAUGAAGUUAUUCCUAAAGCACCGGCCACUUCUGUUGAAGACGUUUCGAAAACCAAAGAUGCACGAAAUAAAAACUUACAAGAGAGUGAAGUUGUUGAAGACGUUCCGUUGUCUAUCCUUUCUCAUAAAGGGAAAGGAAGAUUGCCUCGCGAUCAGAAACGGAGAUCUGGCACCAAACCUGUGCAUACUUUAGAAUCCAUGAGAAAUGAAGAGUCUAGUAACGAGCCUGCGUUCGAAAAAGUUGAUUUAUCUUCUAUCAGAAAUUCAGAAAAGACGAGUGAUGCUACGAUUCAAAGCACAUUGGCUAAAGAUGUCGAUGAUAUACACGAAAGACAAAUUGCAAGCCACGUUAUUUCAGACAGUACAAAGAGCGUAAGUGAAAUUACUGAAAUUCCUAACGAUAAACAAAAAGGGCAAGGAACGGGUGAUUCUCAACGGGUGGGAAUUUAUGAAAAGGACUCUACUCAAAAUUCAAUUAAAGAAUUAUCUGAAAGAGAGCAUCUCACUCAGACGAAAACCUCUGCGGAAAAGGUUGAUAUACAUAACAAUCAGAAUCCGAAUUUAUUACCUUCUUAUACAGAUGAUGAGUUGGUUAAUCCGACUAAUUCUGAGGUUGGUAUUGCUAGAAAGCAAGAUGUAAGCCUUACGAACGGUGAAGGCAUGGAAUUAAGAAACCCUUAUGUGUCUCCGUCUUCACAGAUGGCUGAUUCUUCUGAUAGUGAAGAGCAAUUUAGAGAUGCAGUAUUGUCAGAUGCAAGAAUUGAGCGUAACAACAAUUCAGAUGGAAAACACUCCAUAGAAAAUGUUGAAGAGUCUUCUUAUCCUACGCUGGACCACAAAAUUCAUAAUGAUAAGGAAUACUUGAAUAUCAAGGCUUUAUUGAAUGAUGAAUCAACUUCGCAAUCAACUAGAUCCGAUUCCUUUAAUGAGGAAGCUUUGAAAAGUAAGGAUGCUUCAGGAAUAUAUUCAUUAGAGAAAGAACCCUCUGAGAAUCUUUCCUUGGUUGAUACCUCUCAUUCCGUUAGUGAAGAAAAGGAAACUUUACAACCAGUCAACUCGAUAUCUUCCGAAAUUGAUUCGUCCGUAAGUGAAACUCAUCCAAUUAUUAAUGAGCCAUUAAAUAAGUCAAAAGAUUUGGAUGACGCUACCUCUGAUCUUUCCAAACAAUUGAAUGCAACUAAGAUUAUUCAAGAUGUUCCUUCCAAGGACAUGGCGAUAUCGGAAGCAGAAAUUGAAGCGAACAAGCAUCAAGUUCUGAGUACAGUAAAUUCACUGCCGCAAGGUUUUGCAGAGUACAAAUGUAAAUGGGAUGGUUGUGAAUCUACUUUGCACACUCUUAAUACUCUGUUUAUACACUUAAAGAAAUUACAUUUCAAUUGUGAAGAUGGAGGCUCCACGUUGAAAUGUUGCUGGGGUCAGUGCUGUUUAUCAUUAGGUCCUGAGCAAAUCGACGCUCAUAUUUAUGAACAUCUUGAAAAGAUACAACAUAUUUGUAAAGUUCCUGGAUGCAAAAAAGGUUUUUCAGUCUAUAAAGAAUUUCAUGAACAUCUGUUAUUUUCCCAUUUACCAUACAAGUUCCAGCCGGCUGCUUUCAUUACUACCAGGAAAUCACGAUUACAAGAAGGGAAUCGACGUACUCGAAACAAUCAAGGAAAUAAAUCUUCCUCACCUGAAUUUUUUCUUAAUACUUCUACGCCCAUCAUCAAACCUGCCCCACUGAACUGGUAUCCUGUACCACCGCCCGGUUUUAGUCCGUCUGUUUUUGCAAGGCUAAACCAGAGCAACCAAGCGAAGGAGAAGACUAUUUCUUCGUUGGCGAAAAGAAAUGUCUCUCUCUCAUUUUCUGGUUUGCAUAAUGAUGAUGUGAAAACCGCUAGUCCUGAAGAACGAUCGAGUGCUUCUGACGCUCAGUAUGCUCGACCGGGUCGAGUUGGUCGUCUUUUUACCAGUGUAUCAAAAGCCAACUAUCUUCCCGCAAUGAUAAUAGAGGGAACAGUUGUUCAGCGAAAGAAUUGGGUUGUACAUUAAUUUACGUACUGAUUAGAACCUUGGGUUUAUGUUUAUUACUUUUUUUUCCUUUAUUUUUGGAUGAAUAUUAUUUAUUGUAUCAAUCAUAUAUAUCUAGGAUCAGGUUGCAACAUUUAUAGUCAAGCUAUUUAGAUAAGUGAGCUUUCUUGGUAUUUGUAUCAUCA